UAAGAGUUGAAAGUUGAAGGUGCAAAGUUGUAAGCCCUGCAGUACAAAGUCAGUCGAUUACUUCAAAAGAGACGAGAGCAAAGAUGGACUCUUGAGAAAUUGGCACGACAAGUACGAGCGUGUGGUUUAAGGUGGAUUGUCGAGCGAUUCAAAGUCGCCCUGCUCCUCAGUAAUAGUUUGGCUGACAAGUGUGACCAUCCGAUCGAUCUGAGAUGAUCGUACAAGAGCCAGUGCAGGCUGCCAUAUGGCAUUGCUUAAAUCAUUAUGCAUAUCCAGAUGCAAUUUUCCUUGCUGAAAGGCUAUUUGCAGAAGUGGAUAAUGAAGACACACUCUUUCUUCUUGCAACUUGUUAUUAUCGAUCAGGAAGAGUCAGGCAAGCUCAAGCUUUACUUGCAAAAAGGUCGCUAAGUUCUACACAAUGUCGAUUUCUUCUUGCAAAGUGUUGUUAUGAUUUAGAAAAGUAUGCAGAAGCUGAGGCAGCAGUUGUUGGUGGUUAUUACAAGCAGAUAAAGAAUUUUGAUGAGAUAAUUAAUCAGUUUGGUGAUGAGGCUUGCUUUUCACUUCAGAUUUUAGCCAAAAUAUAUUAUAAAUUGACAAGAACUUCAAAAGGGAAUGAUGCCCACAGACUAGCUCUAAAAAUGAAUCCUUUUCUUUGGCAUUCUUUUGAAGAGUUGUGUAAUACUGGUGAAAAAGUUGAUGCAAGUAAAAUAUUUCAAUUAGAUAAAUUAGAUAGUUUAUCAUCUUGCAUUGGAAGUACUACAGUUUAUUGUACACCGGAGCCAGAAUUCAUAGUCCCUAAUAUCAACACACAGACUACUCCAGCAAAUAACUGCAACAAUAUGACACCAACUUCAGGAACAAAUGGUAUAUCAGCAAAUACUAGGCUACAUUUAUCAAUAGAUGAGAGCCCACAAAAUUUGUCAAACAAUUUUAAUUCUUCGACUGCGUCUCCGCGCGGAAAAUUUCCUCGUUAUCGAAGUAUGUUCAGCAAUUCAAUGAGUCCUUUGACGCCAAGUUUUGGAAUUUUACCAUUGGACAUGAAUACCCCAGAACCUCCGACUCUGCCGACAUAUGCAACGCUAACCGAAUCCAAUGACCAAAAAAGUUUAGCUAAACGUGUUAGUACCAUAAAAGCUCACGUUGGGCAAUUGAUGUCAAGAAAAGAAACUCCUCUGCAACAAGGAAAAUUAGUGUUCUCUCAAUCAGGCAAUACUAGUAACACUGCUAACAUUGUCUCAGUAACUCCAGUAACUCCUAUACCUCCACAACCUACACUUCAGGGUCCUAAUGUAAGGAGAUCAUCAAGACUAUUUAGUCACAGUUAUUCUGUAAAAGAAAAUAAUAAGUCUCCAAAUCGAAAUAAGUUUACCACUCCAAAAUCACCGUCGCGUAAGACGAAAACAAGACUGUCGAAAUCUAAUCUUAACAAAGCUAAUUUUAAUGAUUUGAACGAAAAGAAUAAGAAUGAAAAAGAAAAAACCGAAACAAUCACAUCGGAUAAAGUCGCAAACACUAAUGCUUUCAAUCAAAGUAAUCAUUCAAGUCCAGUAGUUAUUCAAAAACAAUCUGCAGAAGGAUUAAUGAAUUUAUUAAAAGAACUUGGAGAGGCAUAUCAACAUUUAUGUCAAUUCAAUUGUAUGGAAGCUGUAGAAAUACUAAGCGUUUUACCAGGACACCACUAUAAUACUGGUUGGGUACUGUCCAUGCUAGCAAAAGCACAUUUUGAAAUGAUUGACUAUAAAAAAUCAGCUAGUUAUUUUGCACAAGUCAGAACGUUAGAGCCCCAUCGAAUCGAUUUAAUGGAAAUAUAUAGUACAGUGCUGUGGCAUCUACAUGCCGAGGUGCAACUUUCGACAUUGGCUCAAGAUCUAGUAGCAGAAAAUCGAAAUUCGUCAGCCGCCUGGUGCGCAACUGGCAAUUUAUUUUCAGCUCAAACUGAACACGAAACCGCUAUUAAAUUCUUUCAGAGAGCUAUUCAAGUCAAUCAUAAUUUUCCGUACGCAUACACACUUCUUGGUCAUGAAUACGUGAUAACUGAGGAAUUGGAUAAGGCCAUUACGGCUUUCAGAAACGCUAUCAGACUUGAUCCCCGUCAUUACAAUGCUUGGUUUGGCCUGGGAACUAUUUUCUCUAAACAAGAACAGUAUGCCUUAGCAGAGCUCCACUUCAAAAGAGCAUUGCAUAUAAAUCCUCGUAAUUCCGCGAUAAUGUGCCACAUAGGUGUCGUGCAACAUGCCUUAAAGAAAGUUGAUCUAGCUCUAAAGACUCUAAACAAGGCUAUCGAAGACGACCCUAAUAAUACUCUCUGUAAAUUCCAUCGAGCUAGUAUCAAUUUUUCUAUUGGUCGAAAUACAGAGGCUUUAAAGGAAUUCGAAGAGUUGAAGAAUAUUGUACCCAAAGAGUCACUAGUCUAUUAUUCUAUAGGAAAAAUUCACAAAAAAUUAGGAAAUACUCAUCUUGCUUUGAUGUACUUUAGCUGGGCUACGGAUUUAGAUCCAAAAGGUGUGAAUAGUCAAAUCAAAGAAGCUAUUCUUAGUCCUGGGCAAGGUGAAGAAGAAUCUCUCAUAACUCAGUCAGUCGAUGAACCUACGAACAAUAGUUCAACGGAGCAAGAAGGUGAAGCAAGUGGCGAGGUGAGCGGUGAAGGUAGUAACGUUGCCGAUAACGCGGCGUCUGAUGUCCACGCGGAGGACAGCGACGAUAGCUUAUGAAGUUUAGAAGAGGAAAACUACGAAGUUCGUUAUAUGAAUUGGCAAUGACUGGACGUACUAGUACGUAAAUUGAUAAAAAAAGUCGAUCCUCUCAGACAAAAUUACUAGUACUCUUAUUGAGUGUUGGACAUAAGGCUAUUUUAUAGAUAUCGCAAUUGUCGUAUAAAGCCUUGUUCAGCAGGAAUUAGCGCCUCUGUUAAUGUCCAACUGAUGUUUUGUUUUUUUUAUUUUUAUUAGCUUGUCUUGUCAAAUUGCGUUUGGAAAAAUCAGUCCACUCGCCGAAAAAGAUGAGAAAAUCACAAAAAAAUAGUUAAGUAAUAACAGUUUUGAAUUACGUGGUUGAGUAAAGCUGAAUUUUGUGUAAAUGUAAAUUAUUAUUAUUAUUACUAUCGAUAUAUAUUUAGUUGAUAUUAUAUGUUAGAUUGAAAAGAAUGUUUGGCGAGUUGCGCGAUCAGUCUCAUUCGGGAUAUUGAUAAAUGAGAAUAAUCACGUAAUAUCCCAACGCAAACGAACGUGUAGAACCAAUGAAUGUUUAACGACUACGUUCAAAUGUGAGGCGGUACAUCAAACUAAAUAAUAAUUCGUAGUGUGAGGGCAAGAAAGAAAAGUAUGUGUGAAUGAAAACGUAUGGAACCAAAAUAUUUAGUUCCUUUAAAGAUUGACUGUUAAACUAAGCUUUUUGUAGAAUAUAUACAAUUAACCGGCGUAGAUUUCUCGUGCUUACAUCAGUUUUAGAAAUAUAGCUUUGAUAUACAUUAUAAAUAGUCAACUCGGAUAACUUUCUGCUCCUUUUUUUCAACAGACACCAUUUAAGCCGUACUUCAAAUGAGUUAUAAUAUACUGGCUGAUAUUUAUAUAUAUAUAUAGCAACAGUUUGAGAGACAUGUGGUUUUUUUUUUCGUUACGAAAUAGUUUAAAAUGUUGUUUCAUUAUACAUAAUUUUAUUUCUUUAUACAUUCAAAGCAUUUAUCCUGAAUCUUCGAAAAGUGUAAUCUCAAUGCAUCAAAUUAAUGUGUACAUUUUCACCGAGUACCAUCGCUAAAAUGUUUACUUGCAAUUGCAAUUGGAAAAAUGAAGUAGUUUUUUUAUGAUGGGCGAAAAAUUAAACUUUUAUAAGUGAAAUGAAUUGAUUAGAUGCUCUUUGUAUAUUCAUUACAAGCCAAGCUUUAAUGUGUGUUAUAUACAAAAAGUCGCAGUACGAAAAAAACGAAUAUUUCAAAUCUCCAAAGUGAUUCUGCUUGAAAAGUAUUGAUAUAAGCGAAAAACUCUCGCUGGGAAUACGAAGCCGUGCAAUGAGAUUCAGAAAGCAGUUAAAUUGGAAAAGUAACAUAAGAUGAUAUUGAUUGUUUUGUAGAAUAUUUUUUUUACAUCCAGGAAUGAAGUUGAGCAUAACUGCCAUAAAUUUCUGACUUUUGUCCCCAUUUUGAGGGCAUCUCUUAAAACUGGUUCUAUUUUAAUGCUAUUUGCCAAUCUUCAAACAGUGCGAUUUAUUCUUGUAAAGAGGUAUUAUACCUAUAUAUGUGAAUUAAAACUCGUGAUAUAAAUAUAUAUCAUACAAAAAGAAAUAACAAUUCGAAAUGAAUGUAAUCCUCCUAAA